AUGUCUCAUAUGAUGGAUUCUAUUGAAAACGGACUGAGGACUUUGCUGAAAGGUUCCUCAAUCGAUGACAGUGCUGAACUUUGUGAUUUUACCUUAUCAGGACAAAAUGAAGCCACAGCUGCAAAAGGAGUAACGCCAAUAACACCCUCAGAUUUUGUUCCUGUUGUGAAAGAUACAGUGACGUAUAUUGCACUAGCAGUGUUGUUUAAUAAUGAAGGUGAUGUGUUGCUCAUGCAGGAAGCUAAAAGAUCAUGUGCCGGACAGUGGUAUCUUCCAGCUGGCAGAAUGGAACCUGGUGAAAGUAUAGAGGAAGCUGUGAAGCGUGAAGUUUUAGAAGAAACAGGUCUGUACAUGAAGCCUACAACUCUGAUUAUGGUUGAAUGUGCAAGCAAAGCCUGGUUUCGAUUCGUAUUAACAGGAGAAGUGACUGGUGGUGAGUUGAAAACUCCCGCUCAGGCCGAUUCUGAAUCUCUUCAAGCAAAAUGGGUUAAAGAUAUACGAGAGAUGAGUCUGAGAUCAAAUGAUAUACUUCCUCUGAUAGAAAGAGCAAGAGCCUAUUAUAACACCGAUGAACCUCAGCAUUCACACAUUUUACCAGCACUUCGAUCACACGAAAAACUUAUUUUAAGGCUCGUUGUUUGUAUUAAACAGAGAAGCAGCAAUAGGGUGCAUAUACUUCUCUCUGAAAAAACUGAAGUCCAUUUUCCUCUUUGUGAAAUUAAUCAACAAAAAAAUUUACAUUCUACUCUGAGGAAGUUUAUGGUGGAAAUAUUUGGAGCAGAUGUACCGCCCCAUAAACCACAUGGCCUCCUGAAUAUUGAACACUCCGGGACUGGUCCCGAUGGGCUAUGUCUGACAGUACUGGUGUCCUUCAGAGUUCCAUUGGAAGAUGUAUUCCCUAUUGAUAAGUACACUUGGUUCAUGCUGAGCAAAGAGCUUGGAGAUCAACUUUUAGAAAGGCUUCCUAAAAAUAUGACUAUACCAUUGAAUGUUAUUCGUUAA